CUGAGUUCACACAGCCGCAUGCACAUAUUCCAUUGAACUUCCUUCUCAGCUGUCAAAGUGUUCACACACCAUUUCUCGGGGAAGCAAUAUCAUUUUUAUUAUUAUUAUUAAAGAUAACAGUCUGGGCUUAGUCUGAGAUGGAGGGCCAGCGCUGGUUACCACUGGAAGCUAACCCAGAGGUUAUGAACCAAUUUUUAAAGCAGCUGGGCUUAGUACCCACCUGGCAGUUUGGGGAUGUGUACGGUCUGGAAUCUGAAGUUCUCAGUUUGGUGCCAAGGCCUGUGUGUGCUGUUCUGUUGCUCUUCCCCAUAACAGAGAAGUAUGAAACCUUUAGACAGGAGGAGGAGGCAAAGAUUAAAGCUCAAGGACAAGAGGUGUCCUCGGAGGUGUACUUCAUGAAGCAAACCAUUGGGAAUGCUUGUGGUACGAUAGGGUUGAUUCAUGCUGUGGCAAACAAUCAAAGGCAUCUGGAAUUUGAGCCCAAUUCACCACUAAAGGCAUUUUUACUGCAAUCUACAAAGAUGAGCCCAGAGGAAAAGGCAACUUUCCUUGAAAAGGAUGAGAGUAUCCGUGUUACACAUGAGUCAAGUGCUCAGGAAGGACAAACAGAGGCUCCAAGUUUAGAUGAAAAAGUGGAUUUGCAUUUUAUUGCCUUUGUAAACAUUGAGGGACAUUUAUAUGAACUGGAUGGACGCAAACCUUUUCCAAUUGUUCAUAGGAAAACCACAGAGGACACAUUUCUUGAGGAUUGUGCAGAGGUCUGUAAGAAGUUUAUGGCACGAGAUCCUCAGGAGCUCCGUUUUACUGUGGUGGCGCUUUCCAAAGCAUAAAUGUUCUUGAUGUUUAAACUUAGAGGAAAAACUGCCAAUCAUUCUGAAGUGCUGAAUACUUAAGAAUAUGAGCAUUUAUAUAGUAUAGGUUUGAUUUUGUCUUUAAUAAAACAAAAGUUAAAAGUUUUGACAGUAAAAGAUACAAGCCAACAACUUAAAAAAAUAAAUUAUAUAUAUAUAUAUAUAUAUAUAUAUAUAUAUAUAUAUAUAUAUAUAUAUAUAUAUAAAAUUGUUCAAAUAAAUGAAAAAGCUCUACAGUUUUGUACCUGAACCAUGUUGCCACCUUUUCACUUUAACCACCACUCACUUUCUCUGAAAUUAUAUAAAAUACAUUUCUAAUGUUAAUAAUAUUAAUGCACCUAAUGGGGAAGUACCUUUUUUUUUUUUUGCUGGAGAAGAAUAUCUCUUUAAAAUAAAAGUUUAGCUACUUAUGAAUAUGAAGACUUGUCAUGUUCUUAUAUAUAUAUAUAUAUAUAUAAUUAUAGACAACAAUAAAGAACAAAUGUCUAAUGUUUUCAUCUCAUGGUGACCUCAUAUUGUUCUGUUAGGAGUGACAACAGUUCACUAAGAAUACAAAGCCAAUGAGGAACAUGAUUUCGUUUUUUACUCUGUGCACUUUUAUAUUUCCCUCAAAAACACAAUAGAUGAAUUUAAUAGUUUUACAAUAAUUAUUAAAAUUUCAUAACUAAUAAUAUAGUAUUAAUAAUAUAUUUGUAUUUUAUUAUAUUUAUUUUUAUGAAUUAUACAUUUGAAAACAAUCUUAUACUUAUUUACGUAGAUAUGGCAAAACUUAGGGGAAAAAAAAGAAAAAAAAAAGUGCCGUUUAAAAAAAAAAAAAAAAAAAAAAAAAAGCC